UAUUACUUGCUCUGUGCCAAUUGCCGGAUCACAGAUGCGGGAUGACCGAUAAAAAUUUUAAUACGUCUAACGUCAUUGGUUAAUAGUAAAUACAAAUUAUAAUUGUUUUACAAUUUACGCUAUGAUAAAACUUAUAAGUAUACUUUGAUUAUUUUAAAUUAAACUUUUAAUAUAUUAAACUAGGUAGGUAAGGUAGGUAACUCUGUAAACGGAAAUACAACAAUGUCCGAGGAGUGGAAAAAAUAUGUUAAGGAUCCGCGAAAAAUAUGUAAAUACGGUGAAAAAUGCUAUCAGAAAAACCCAGACCAUCAUAAGACGUACAAGCACCCCCCUCAACUCAAAGCAAAAGGCAACAAAGAUAAACGAACACAAAACCGUUUCAAACCAUAUAAUAAGAAAACUAACACACACAAUACAUGUAAUGAAACAAUUGAUAACGAAAACACAGAUUCCGCUGUAAAUAGUUCUCAUGAAGAAGAAAUUGAUGAUGUUUCAGAAACUGCAACUGCAGUUUGUAGGCUUGAUGAUGUCACUGAGAAUAUAAUUCAAAUAGAUGCAAGUACUGUCUAUUUUAGUAAAGAAACUGAUAAUGCAGUUUACAAAGAAUGUUUUAAAGUAGAAAUGCCAACAGAUUUUUUCAAAUUUUACGAAUGUUUGAAUGAAGAAUCAUCAUCUGUUGAGCAUUUAAUGGCAAGUGUAAAUUUAGAAAUGAUAGGACCUUUUGAUUUAUUGUUGGGAAAAUUGCCUAAGCUUGACAAAAAAGAACUGUAUUUGGUGCAUUGGAGGUUUUUCUAUGAUGUUCCUGAAUUUCAGGCUGUUCUUAAAAAGAAAGGAAAUAGUGAAUUACACAUUGGUUACUAUAGGGACGAACCAAAUGAGAAACCUGUAUUUUUAGCAAAAAAUGAUAGUUUUAAAGAUUACACUAUAUCUCCAAUAGCUGAAAAUAUUUUUGGUGCCGUUUACUGGUUUUUACAAAAUGAAAAAAAAUCUUCACCAUUCAUAUCAGUGGCAUGUCAAAAGUUAUCUGAAAAAGUAAAAAAAUGGGCUGAAAGCAACAAUUAUUCAAUAGAAGAGUAUGACAAAAAGAAAAGACUGAAAGGAAUAGUUUGUAAAACAUUUCAUGGAGCCGGUAUUGUUGUGCCCUAUAAUAAGAAAACUCAACUUGGUUAUAGAAAAUUAGUUGAAACUGAUGCAAACAUAAAGAAAAUGUUUAAAAAAUUGCAAGACGCAUCAAUGGAAUCUGAAAAAACCAAAAUAUUAUCUGAACUACAGCCCUUAAUAACAUACUCUAGUAUAGCUGUUGAUGAAUGUGAUUUUGGAACAGGACUUGAGGCGGGAAUAGCUUUAUUUUGUUCAGGACAUAAAGAGUUUCAAAAAAGUGCCUUAUCUUUACUAAGUACUACAUACUCAUUGUUAAAAAGAGAUGAAUUUGGAGAAAUUAUUCAGAUGCAUAUAAAGCAUCGACGUAAAGGUCCUCAUAUGGCCUUAUGGGGGCAAAAAAUGUAAAACGAUUGUAUGAUUUUCGCAAUAAUUUAACCUUCUGGAGCUUCUUGUUUUACUUAGUUUGAAAAGAACAUCUAUUACUAAAGCAGAACAGGACAUGUAAAUUGAAUUAGAUAAAGAUAUUUUGUACUCAAUAUUGAUAAAUUGCUAUGAAUGGAUCGAUUUUUUUUAAAUCUUAUUUUGACUGGUUAUGUAUUGAGACAUAGUUUCAUCGAAAAUUUAAAGAGUUGUGUCAAUUUACAAACAUGUUGGAGAGAUUGAUAUCUAACUAUUCUUCAUAAUUUUGUUAGAUUCUUGAUUACUAGAUUUAGUUAGAUUGACUUGAGAAUUGUUUUUGUUGCGAAUGUAAUUUAAAAAUAAAUAAAAUACUUUUUCAGAACAAUGUCUAUAAUUAACUGCAUGAAUUGUAAAUGUUUUUAACAAAAAUAAUAUUCUCAAAAUGAGCUGUCAUAUUGAAUCGUUUUAACAAAACACUGAGAUUGUCAACCAAUUUGUACAAACAUAUUAUUCUUAAUUAGCUAAAGCUGAAAUGUUUACAGUUAUUAUAACUAUCCCAGUUUCCAAAUAAAAAACAUAUAAUAUUUUUCAAA